CCUGCCUGCUGCCUGCCUGCCUCUGACGAGCAAGCACAUCAGCACUGCCACAGGGUCGGGAACCUGGCUGGAAGCUGGCUGGGGCUGAGGCAUCUGCCAUCAGGGCAGGUCCUGAAAGCCCCCUCGCAUCAGCGAGGACUAGCUUGCAGCCCCACUGGGCAUCUGUCAGUUGAGUCUGCACCUCCACUCCCACGUCUGCCUGCAUUCUGCCACCGACUUGUAGCCACAAGUCUCCAGACAGAAUCCAGCCCAAGGAAAUCCCUGCCCAGACACGCACCUCCAAGCCCCACACAAUGCAGGCUGCUGCAUGCACAAAGCCGCCUGAGACCAGAAGCACCUCCUUCCUCACCUCCAUGAAUGGCAGCCGCUCCCAGGAAGGCAGCACUGAGCCCAACACCACCUCCACCGAGCCGCUGUCAGCUCUCUACGUGCUCCUGCCGGCUGUGUACUCUGUGCUCUGCGCCGUGGGGCUGACUGGGAACACGGCUGUCAUUUAUGUGAUCCUGAGGGCCCCCAAGAUGAGGACAGUGACCAACGUGUUUGUCCUGAACCUGGCUGUGGCUGACGGGCUCUCCAUCCUGGUGCUGCCAGCCAACAUUGCAGAGCACCUGCUGCAGCGCUGGCCCUUCGGGGAGCCUCUCUGCAAGCUGGUGCUGGCCAUCGACCACUACAACAUCUUCUCCAGCGUCUACUUCCUGGCUGUGAUGAGCGUGGACCGCUACCUAGUGGUGCUGGCCACCGUGCGGUCCCGCCGUGUGCCCCGGCGCACCCAGCGGGGAGCAAAGGUUGCUAGCCUGUGUGUCUGGCUGGGCGUCACCAUCAUGGUUCUGCCCUUCUUCUCCUUUGCUCGUGUCUACAGCAACGAGCUGCAGGUGCCCACCUGUGGGCUGAGCUUCCCCCAGCCAGAGAGGGCCUGGUUCCAGGCCAGCCGCAUCUACACACUGGUACUGGGCUUUGCACUGCCUGUGUGCACUAUCUGUGUGCUCUACAUGGACCUCCUGCGCCGGCUGAGGGCCAUGCAGCUCCACUCAGGCGCCAAAGCCCUAGGCAAGGCCAAGAGGAAGGUGACAGUCCUGGUCCUCACCGUGCUGGCUGUGUGCCUCCUCUGCUGGACGCCCUUCCACCUGGCUUCUGUGGUGGCCCUGACCACAGACAUGCCCCAGACAUCCCUUGUCAUUGGCAUCUCCUAUACCAUCACCAGCCUCAGCUAUGCCAACUCGUGUCUCAACCCCUUCCUGUAUGCCUUCCUGGACGACAGCUUCCAAAAGAAUUUCCGCACCAUGUUUCUGUGCCAAGGGCCCUGAGAACCACCAGCCACUCCUCCCAGGUCAGGGGACGUCCUGCCUGUUUACAGCACACCACACCCCUAUGUUCCCCACAGGCACAGACCCUGCAAAGGGCCGCCACCAAGAAGGACCAGUGUAGUGUGGUCCUGUCCUUGUCUCUGCUUCCUGGACAACUGCAAGGACUCAGAUCCUGGUAGCAGGCACCUUGAAUCUGGUCACCCAAAGAGGAUGGACGGACAGAUGGCCCCCCAGAACCCUUCCAUCUCCUCUCUGGAACCCAGGCUUCCUGAUAACAGAGGCCUAGAAGGGAAGGGACCCAAGCUGUAAGCUUGUCCUGGAGCUGGUGCUGUGCUCCACAGUGGGAGCCCCUGGGCUCCUUCAGACAGGACAGGGAGGUGACAAAGGUGUAGGUACCACGGAGCGCAAAGCCAAGUGUUUCUGAUGAGGCUGAGGACAUGGGUAUCAAAUGAAGCCACAAAAUGCAUCAACGGCCUGAAACCCAAUGACAGCUCACCAGGGGACCCAUCCCCUUGUACCCCACCCCCUCAGCCGUGGCCCCUUCAUAUCCUGAUGUAGGACACAGGGCCCUUCUGCCAGAGCCCUCAGCCCCAUCCCCUAAGGGCCGGCUGACCCUUGGAGGACCUGGCAUCUGAAGUCCUCUCCGUCUUGAUUGGGCCUGGGAGCUGGACUCAGCCAGCAGAAGCUGGAACUGUGGGGAAGCACAGGCUGCUCAGAAACCACUGCCACCUGGCGGGCCUAGGCCUGGCUGCCAGCUAUUCUACACCUACCAUGUCUCUCUGGCCUCACCCAAUGGCAAAGUCACCACGUGGAUUUCAGACCUGGGGCCCUGAUAUGUAGGCCCAGCAUUCAUCACCCCUGGGCGCUCAGGGCAUGUGCCCCUGCCCCCACUCCAAGCCUCCUGGGCAACUAGGCCUUUGCCUGAAUUCAGAACAGCACCAGCCCCCUGCCCACUGUCCCCUGCAUACCUCCAACUCCAAACAACCCAGAUGUUGCCUCUGCCCAGCAUCUUCCUUGUUCCUACACUGUAUUAGAUGCCUAUUGCUGUAU